CAGCAGCCCGCUACAUGGAAAACAUCGCAUUGAAAGACGAGGUGGACAAAACCUCGCGUACUGUGGAAUCACAAGAGAGACAGAUUGAGGCCUUACAGAGUCAGAUUGGCGGAGUGGAUAAUCCAACUCUUUAUCGGAAGUCUAAGAAUCUAGUAAGGAAGAAAUGGAAAUCAGCAAUUUUCGUGAUACUGGUUAUAGCUGUGGCUGUGCUAAUAACAUUCGUGUAUGCCUCCCAAUCUCAAAGUAACUCUUCUGGUCUGAAUGAAUCAUCUCAAUCGGCUCAGAGUAAGUCGCUCAAUUUACAGAUGCCGUUGGCACAAGGAAAAGACGGGAAAGCAUCUUUAGACUUCGGAGUACGGCUAGACAAUCUGCUUCAAGAAUGCCAAAAUCCUCACUGGAAGCGAUCCUUUCCGGAUCUUGAUUACGCCCUCUUUGGCUAUGACGUUUUAAAGGGCUAUCCACUGGCAACAGGCCACGAUCCCGGCUUCACUCACCCAAUAUUCAUGACAGACUACACUUCUGCAAAGCAGACUUCUGACUGUCGUUACAGCGUCCCGGAAGGCUUGGUUGUUGUACCUGACGUGUCCUGUGAAACAUCGUUCUCUUCCAAACUUGUGCGGAACAGACUGGAGAUGUCCAAGUCUCUUGAGGCAUCUGCUAACAUUGAAGAGGAAGCCCACGUCAUAGCAUCGCCGUUGCUCGGGGGAGCUGCUCCUACAAAGUCUGUGGGAAUAAGCACAAUCACUGUAGGAGCAGCUCCCCCGAGCAACGGUGAUGCUAUGACGUGGGCUUCCUCUGUCCAAGAGAAUCCAGUUCCAAUAAAGUACACUCUAACGCCCAUCCAUAACCUGUUUACUGAGAGAUAUUCCAAGUAUCUUCCUGAUGUUAACUUGGAUGUUGUGCGUGCGAUGAUCAAGAAUGCCUCACAAAAUUAUUGCCAAGCUCUAAAAAACGAGGGACGGGUGGAUUCGUGUGACGACGACAUUCAUUUGGGCAUUGCACUGGAAAACAUUGGUGUAAAGACUUUUGGUAAUGUUGCCGAAUUUAUUUUGAUUGUUUGUUUUUGCACCAUGAGACAUAAAGUAGCCAAUGAAGUCAGGGAGUAA